AUGGUAAUGAGUUUAGAUGCUUUGAAAUGUAAAUGUACACAAGGAAGCAGUAAAACGCCGUGUGAAGAUGGUAUCUGUGAGGUUGGUACCGAUGGAUGUAAGUGGUUUUUUAUACUUUUUUGAAUGCCAUAGUUAAUAGAGAGUCAAGGUAAGUAAAAGUAAGAGAUGACCCUUCAGAAGGGCUUGGAAUCUUGCAUUUUUAAGCUUAUAUCUUUUGAAAAGUAAACCACAUGAAUAACAUUGUAGUUACCUUCGAAUGUUUUAGCCUGCCUAGCCUUAAACCACGAAGUAAGUGGAGUCCAUUACGCGUGUACCAUCAGUACCAUGAAAGAUGGUGAAUGUACAGAAAAACGAACCAAAUCAAAUCAGAAGAUCAAGGUUUGCAGUUGUCGAGGUCAGGAUUACUGUAACUACGUCAGGUUCCCAAUGUCACAAGAACAAAGGAGCAUAGUAGACUCGGAAGUGGACGAUGACGAUACGACGAGCGGGUCAGAAGCUAUAGUAAUGUCGUCAAGUCUUUUAAUAGGAGCUUUCGUUCUCAGGUGGCUUUAA